GCGUCCGCCCACCGCCUCACCGCUUGGCCCCGCCCCUCGCCAUCUGCCCGGCCAGAAGCGCCGGGGCCGCCCCAGGACGUCGCCCUGGUUACGCUGGCUCUUUCUCCCCGUCUUUUUUCGUUUUAGGAUGUGAGAAGAGAUGAGAUUCUUCAACCAAGGCCACAAGCGGGAAAUCAGUCUGCAGGACCGAUGCCAGCAGGCUCACGCACCGAGGACAGCUACUCCGCCCAGAUGAGAAGCGCGGGGCCCCUGACGCGGGCGCGCUCCUCGCAUUCUUCCGUUGGGCUGGGAGGCUGGAGGGCAGGCGGUGGCGGCGGCCGCGCAUGCGCCGGGAGCGGCCGGAGCUGCGGGCCGCGGAGAGCCGCCUGCGCCUGCACGCCGGUUGCCUGGCUACGGCGUGGCCGCGGACCCCGAGCGGCGCCGGAAGUUGGUCGAUGGCUGCCGUCGGUCCCUGUCCAGCGUCCUGGGGUUUCCCCGACGCAUACUCUACUGUCCUUUCGCUCUGCACAGUGGCCCGGGCAGGGAGGAGCGGCCUGGCCACUGCGCGGAGCCCGGUCUCCGCCGACUCGCAAGGGGGACGCGCGGGCUCCUCGUCCUCGAGCGCCGCCCUGCGCCUUUGCUGCGCCGGGCCCUCCCAGGCCCACCCUGGCCCCGGCCCCGCUGUCCUCCCGGGGAGGCGCGGCCUACUCAGUUCGUCCCCUCGGCCGCCAGCCCCACAGGGGCGCUGGGGUCCCAGCCCUGGCGGAGUGCACGUCGGUGGCGAGUGGGCCCGGGCGCUCGGGCGGCCAGAGCGACCCAGCGGCGGGGUGAGGCGGGUAGGCGCUCCUGCCCCUGCCACGGCCAGGCCAGGCAGCAUCCACAUCCUCCCGCGGAAGAUCGCAGGGAACAGGUGGACACUAUCAUCUGUGCCCUCAUUUUCCGGAGGAGCCGAGGGAGGCUGAGCGGGUGGGGAAGCGGCCAGCCAUGCCGGGCCCACUCACCUGCACACCUGCCUGGCGAGGACAGGGAAGAGCCGCGGCCUUCCUCUGCUGCUCCUUCCAGAGGGCAGGCGCCGUGGUGGGGGUGCCCGCCCGAUGGCAUCACGGGAGGCUGAGCUCCCAGCAGCGGCUGAGGUCCUCCCUGGGUGGGAGCCACCCUUGUCCCCAGCUGGGCCGGAGGCUGGUGAGGGAGGGGGUGGUACCCGUGCCACGCCAGCAGAGCCCCAGGCGUUGCAGGGAGAGCUUCAGUCCGGCUGACGUGGCACCAGGGCCGCUCUGCUCAGCUAACAUUUGCCUUUCAGAAGUCAGAUUCCUGACCUGUUUGAACAGAGUUAGGGAGCAUGUGGUAGGGCCCAGCCCCAGCCCCGCUGCCCCCAUCUGCUUCUUCCCAGUGGUCGAGGCGCUCUGCACCCUCCGCGGAGGGAGGUGUCAUUGUUUGCCCUUCCCAAAGAGGGGGAUGCAGAGGUGGAUGCUGCCUCUCAGGCGUGGGGCUCGCCUCUUGCCGCUCGCGAGUUCAAAGAACCCAAGAGCCAGGAGCCCAGGGCUCAACCCUUUAGGGUCCUCCGAAACCCUGUGGUCCCACCCGGGUGGGCACUAAGCUAUGGGAGAGACCAUAGCUGCAGAAACCAACCCUGCCCUAGGCAUAAAAUGCAAGGUCUCUGGACCCCAGGGCAGGGAUGUUAGAAAGCAGCUUCUGUUGACUCCUAGGGGUGUGAAUCACCACAUCACCUGCAGGGGGCCCGGCUGUCUUUCUUCCCCCUCUUCUCCCUAAUUCUGAGUGCACGGAGACAGCUCUCAGCAGUUUGUAGCCUGGUGUGGAGUAGAGGGUUCCUGCACCCUACACCCGAGCCCAUCCAGCCUCUGCGCCAUAGACCCUUCCGUUGAAGGCCCAGCCUGCCCCUGAGACGCUGUGUGCCCUUUUUCAACUUCGUUAGCCUCUGAGCAUCAGGUCUUCAUCUCUAAGAUAGAGCAAGAUGAGCACCUAAACGUUUCAGGGCUGAAAUGGGGUUGCCAGGACAACAAGCAUGGCAGGGGCGAAUGGGGACAUCAGGUGACUGGCUGUGAGCCAGCAGAGGCCUCCACCCAGUGCUGGGAGGUGUCCCCCCCAUAGUGGCCAUCACUAUUCCUGGUGGGGCUUUGUUGCUUUUGCCUGCAGCAUCCGCUGGUUUCUCCAUUCUCCCAGUCUCUGCCCCUGCUCACACUUGGAGGCUGAACACAAAUGUCACCACUUCCCUGAACCCCGCUAGGUGGACUGGAAUCAGCACCUGGUGCAAAGCUCUGUGACCCUGCUGUACCGCAUUAUGCAGAGCACACAGGACAGGCUUGUGUACGUCCAGGAAACCCGCUGCCUUUGUGUCAUCACAGCCUUGGUCACAGCGUGUCCUUGGUACCCCCGCCAGGUCAGCUCCUCCCUUUAGCUGUGCUGUCCAGCACGGGGGCUGCUAGUGCUUGCUGUGAGACUGAGCUGGGCUCUAAGUGUAAACUACAUGGUGGGUUGUGAAGGAUGCAAAUAUCGAAUCGAUCAUUUUUUAUUGCAUAUUAAAAUGACAGUAUCUUGGAUGUAUCAGAUUAAACAAAAUACUGUUAAAUUUUA